AUGGCUUCUAAUCAAAAUCUUUACACUGAGAGUGCAAUGUUGAAAAAUAAGCGUAGACAUUUCAAAAUUCUUAACAAAAUCCAUGAGGUGAAUAAUGUUUUCAACGAAAGUAAUACUUUUAAAGACGAAUCAGUGGAUAAACAAGGAUUUCACUAUGGCAGUACAGAGGUGCAAGAGUGUAUUUCUGAGUUGAAAUUAAUAAUUGAGGAAACAAAUAAUGGCUCAUUAAGAAGACAAAAUUAUGAAACAAGGAAGAAAAGAUAUGUGUUGCUUCCUUCAUUGGUAAUGAUUGACCAAAAAACGGUGAAAAAGUGUUAUCUUGAAAACAAUGAUCAAGAAUUAACCAAGGCUCUUAAAGUAUUAAGAAGGGGUUUUCUUGGUAAAAAAACAAUUGAUGAAACCAAAGAGAAGGUUAUUAAGUGUCUUUAUAAGCACAACAUUAUGACUCCCCAAGAAUAA